AAACUGUGACUCUGGCUGUGUACAGGUCAUUUAUGUGGUAGAGGCACUGAUGGAGACAGAAGUGGAUACAUUUGAUGGAAAGGCCACUAUUCUCAGCCAGGCAAAUCCUCUGUAUAACAACACCAUGAAGCUGUUUGAGGCUGACCACUACGACGUCCAGCACAGUGAGCUGAGGUCUGGGAAACCAGCACGCAAACAGUGCUGUAUUCCUGUUCUCAUAAUUUUCUUCCUCCUGCUGAUUGCACUUAAUUCUUUGCUGGCUUAUAAAGUUUUCACUCUGGAGGCUUGGGUUCACUCUCACUGUAUAUUGGAUGAUGAUGCCAGCACAGAUAAAUUAAUAUCUACAAGUCAAGCGGUCAACCUAGGCAACUCUAUCUCAAACCGGCACUCUAAGCAUGAGUGUCUUUCUUAUCUGUGUGGGGAGGAUGGAACACUAGAGCAACUGAGGAUCCAAAUAAACCAGUUCAACUUAAGUGCACAAAGAGCCAUGGUUUGUCCACCUGGUCCACCUGGCCCUCCCGGACAUUUUGGACCACAAGGAUUUCCAGGUCCUCCAGGUAUACCAGGGAUACCGGGGGGGAAAGGAGACACUGGGUCACCAGGUAGGUCAGGUGAGCCUGGACCUCCAGGUGAAAAAGGAGAGAGAGGCAUCUCGGGUGUGGCAGGGAUGAGGGGGCCAGAUGGCAUCACGGGUGCACCUGGUAUUCCUGGCUUGAAGGGGGACACAGGAGAAAGAGGAAUGCAAGGUUUACCCGGUGCAGAUGGGCGUCCCGGAUUAGAUGGAAAGACUGGCAUUACAGGAGUUCCGGGAUAUCCGGGACAUCCAGGGCUUAAAGGAGACGCAGGACCUAGUGGUGAACGGGGAGACAUUGGUCCUCCAGGGCCUAGAGGGCCUCCUGGUCCAGAAGGACCUACUGGUCUGCAAGGACCACCUGGAGAAAAAGGUUCACCUGGACCCAAGGGAGACAAUGGCCUUGGCAUUCCAGGGAGCCCAGGACAACCAGGACAAAAGGGAGAUAAUGGUUUGCCAGGUGUCCCUGGACCUAGAGGACUGAAUGGAGAGAAGGGCAGUAAAGGAGAUUCAGGAAUCCCGGGUUUACCAGGGCAGAAGGGAGAGCUAGGUCCUAAGGGUGAGAAGGGCAACAUAGUUACCCCAGCUGUUGUUCGUUUAGUGGGAACCGCCAGCCGUGGAAGACUGGAGGUGUUGUAUCAGAAUGUUUGGGGAACAGUGUGUGAUGACUCAUUUGACAGUGUGGAUGCUUUGGUGGUGUGCAAGAUGCUGGGCUACCAGAGGUCCAACCAAGUGUUCACGGCCACUUCAGGAAGUGGACAGAUCUGGAUGGAUGAGUUGAGAUGUACCGGGCAGGAGAAGAGUAUAUUUGACUGUCCACAUGCAGGAAUGGGAAUUCAUAACUGUAACCACGGAGAGGAUGUGGGAGUUAGCUGUGUUUGAGUCAAAAACACUUCACACACAAAGAAACAUACUCAUAAGGAGGACCUAAAAGUAUUUGUACAUUAAGCCACAUUUGAAAAUGUCUGAAAAUAAAUGCAAUAGAAAAACAAUAUGAAACUAAAUGGCAUCUGGAAACAAAUGAUCCUAGAGCUUCUCUCAGAACUAACUUUUAUUUUCUUGACCAUUUUGUAAAUGAUUUUCAAUUAGAACUGUCGAUGUAACACAUUAAUUUAGUGUGAUUAAUUAUAAGUUAAGAAAUAAUGUGUAAAGAAAAUAACAUAUACGUAAAUUCUGUAAUAAAAAUAAGCAUUGUCCUACCAUCUCAGUAAAUAACACGUUUUUACGAGCCGCAUCAGCAAGGGGCAGUCAGUAUGCCUCAACAAAUCUCGCAAGUUUCACAGAUUCAGAAAGAGAGCCACAAAGGACGUAUAUGACAGCUGGGCAAGGCACAACAGAAUGCAUCUCGAAAAACAAUUUUAAUUAAACAGCAUUAACUUAGACAUGUUGCACUUAUGUUUUAUGAUUUUAAAUCUAACAUACUUGUUUUAAUGUUCCCCUUGAGAAAUGUGCUUGUGCUAUAUUUCUUUGAAAUAAAAGUAUUUUCCUUCCCUAUAUAUUGUCAUCUAAUGAUAUAAAAUUGAGACAUUUUUAAGUGUGGCUUAAGUGUCCAAAUACUUUUUGGGGUCUCUUUAGGUGUACACAUCAACAACAAAACAAAAUCACUCAUUUAUAUACUGUUUUAGGUGAAAACUACUCAACACAUAUACAGUCAAAUGUACAAUGACUUGACAAUAAAAAGUUGUAACUUUUCACACUCUAAAAUCUGUCUUAACAUUUUGGUCUCUUAACAUUAAACACUUCUCUAUCUCUUGUC